GUAAUGUGUUCAACUUUAGGGGGUGGAAAUAUUUGGAUUUUUCGCGCGUGUUGUGAAAAGUGCAAAGGAUUUUUGCAAAAAAAUGAUCGAUGAUUUUAAUCGAGAAAAAAGCAAAUAAGUUUCAAAGGGGUGCAUGGAUCUUUAAUGGAUCAAGAGGCUCGACUGGGAUUCUUCAAACGACCUAUCAAAAGAUACAGAGGACAUACGAGUCGUUGUAAAAAAUCUCAGUUCGGAAUGCCGAGGUCCACUUUGCAGCCAAUCGAGGAGUCGAAUUCGGCGAAAUCGACGAGUAAUGAACAACAUGAUAAGGAUAGUUUGAACGAAACCGGAAGCACUACGGGUGGCACAGUGGAGGGUGCACCUGGGGGUAGCCCCGGAAGGGGUGAAAGGUCCAAGGAAACGGAAUCUCCACCUCAGGAACCUUCUACGUCCGCGGUGCCCCCCAGGUCCCUCGUAUCCAGGAUACUCGCCAGGGCCAGGUCGCCCGAAGAACUUUUAGACCAUUCCGAACCUUUUUCUCAAUUAUGGAUCGUACUAUCAAAUGUAUAUGGGGAGCUCGUGGUGAUAAUGAUGAUGGCUCUCUGUUUGGCGGAAGUAAUGGAUACACCCGUCCCUCUACUCAGUUUACAGGGAAUCUUUCUGCUGUAUAUGUACGUGGGAAGCAUUGCUGUAAUUAUAAGCAUUUACCUCUGGGUCUUGAUAGACAGUUGCGGUAGUCUGGGAAGAAAUGGUGUUGGGAUUGAAAUGGACGAUGCGGAACUUGGUGGAGCAUCUCUCACAAGAUUUGGGUCCCUCAAAAGGGCCCAUAUUUCAAGAUCAAGAACCACAACUACCAGUUUUUACAUUCGCGUUGGGGCCUUACUUUUUGGUCUGGCGACUCUAGUCUUCAAUGGACUGGAAAUGGCGAUGCAUUCGAUGAUGCAAGGGGGAUCUUGUCUUAGUGAUAUCGUUUUUGUUCAUCCUGUUCUUCAUGGACUCUUCACCUUCCUACAAAUGCACUUUCUUUUUGUUAAUUCACAAGUUCUCGUAGAGAGAUUUGGACUAGCAGCGAGAUUUGGUUUUACUCACCUGGCUGCAACAAAUAUUGCUGUGUGGGCUCGCUUAGUAAUUUGGGAUUCUGCUUUAGAAUGGACUUAUUUUGUCCAUCUAGCUCAAAGAGGUCUUCAAACUUCUUCCUCCCCUUUACAUCUGCGAGGGUUUCCUCUUUCUUUGACGAGGCACACGAGAGAUGUUCUAGGCGAAGAAGUCAUUAGUGAUGAUGUUUACAAAACGUACGAACCAAUUUCUAAGGAGCAAAUUUCUCAAGUUGUAGCUUUGCAAAAUUGUCUAAAUGGCAGUUCUCUGGGCCAGUUGUGGACCUCCAGUUUACCUUAUUUAUACCCAUUUAUUGUUCAGUUCAGUUUAAUAGCGGCAGCUGUGACUUUUGUAAUGGGUCAAAAUGUUGGACGCGGUCGUCACUCACAUAAACACAAAUUUCACAGCAUCAAAGAAGUGGCAACGCACGGCAGAGUCAGCUGCGAUGGAUCAAGCAAAGGUCUCUUCCUCGGAAUUCUCUGCAUGGUUGCUGGAAUCGUCGUGAUUCUCAUCUUUUUGGUAGUCAGAGAAGAUGAAAAUUUUCCUCCAGCGACGCUAUCCUGGUUGACCUGUGGAACCCUCAUUGCUAUCCUGAGUCUCAGUGGUUUGAUGACAGCUAGUGGAUUGGUUCAAAUUCGUCAAAUGUCGAUUGUAACGAGAGCUCCAGCAGCUCUCGACAAUUUACUCUCAAACGUUUCACUUUUCGGAAUCCAACUCUACUCCGUCUUCACAAUUGUCGUUUGCAUCUGUUCCCUAAAUUGGACAGAAAAUGAGGAGUCUCAAGGAAGAUAUAUAAUGUUGCUCUCUGCAUCAGUUCUUCAGCUAAUUCAGAGCUACGCUCAAAGUACUUUAAUGGCAGAAGCUUCCAAAAGGUCCUGCAUCACUAGAUACCAGAUGAUGGCGAAACCAGCAAGGCAGGUCAUCACCUUCCUCCUUUUUAGCAACGCUGUUUUGUGGGCAUUCGAUACAGUUAUCACACAUAACUGGAUUUCUCAGGAACUCCAACUCAGGUUCUUUGGUGUCCUCGCUUGGGGAAUCAUCUCUAGGAUCGGACUUCCCUUGCUCAUUUUUUACAGAUUUCAUAGUUGUGUUUUGCUUCUGGAGGCCUGGAACAAGUGCUACAGGACACCGAGAGGAGAUCAUCCGCUUAACUGACGACGCGGAAAGUCCAGAGGGCUUAAAUCCAGAUCAAAACUGAGACACCAUCGCAGAAAAAUGACCUUGAGGUUCCAGAAAAGUAUCCGGAAUCCGCGACGCAGAGGAUCAAAAACCCCUCUCUGCAAAAACUCGGUAACCUUGGAA